UGGGGGAACAGAGAAGCUGCCACGUACGUACAGGGAAGUAGAAACGUGUUGGGCUCCGGCAGCUACUUGGAAGUUUGGCGGCCGAAACACAAACACCACCUUCUUACGAAGCAUCAAUAGUCGACGCGGCGGAGAAUCAGAAAGACCUCUGGGAGAGGAGAAACGAAGAAGCAGCGUGGUCCAUGGAGGACGCCGGAUCGCGACCACCCGCCGCCGCCACGGCUGCCACGACGAAAGAUGAAGAAACCUCGUUGAUGUGUCGCGUGAAGAAGUGGUGGGCAUGUUUUGCGGCUUCCUUGCAGGAGGGUUUCACUUAUGUCAAAGCAAAUCUUGUUGGUCAGGGGAAGAAGAUGAGGGCAAGGAACGAGAGGGAAGCAGCUGAAGCUGAUCUGCAGACUGCGAAGAUGCAGGUUGAAGCUGCUGAUGCUGCCGAGACUACCAAGAAGACGCUCCACCACUCCAUGUAAUGUUUCAACUUUCAACCUCCGCUGCAUACAGAUACACUGUAAUGUAUAUUUACAGGGUUUUCUGGAUUCCUCUCUCUCUUGUUGGAAGGGAAAUGAAUGUAAAAGAUUAAGGAGGGUGAGUGAGGGCUUGUUUAAUUAACAGAAUUUAAAUAAUUACAAAAGUGUUGCUUUA